AUGGGGGCGCGCGAAUGUCCUACCUGGCUCCUGCUGUCAUUGCUGCUGCUGCCUCUGGGGCUCCCAGCCCCUCUGGACGGCCCCCUGCGCCUCAUCUGUGACAGCACAGUUCUGGAGAGAUACAUUGUGGAGGCCAAGGAUGCAGAGAACGUCACGAUGAGUUGCACUGAAGGCUGCAGCCUGGGUGAGAAUAUCACUGUCCCAGACACCAAAGUGAACUUCUGUGCUUGGGAGAAGAUGGGGGUGGGGCAGCAAGCUGCAGAGGUGUGGCAAGGUCUGGUGCUGCUCUCAGAAGCCAUGCUUCAGGGCCAGGCCCUGCUGGCCAACUCCUCCCAGCAGUCAGAGACCCUGCAGCUGCACUUGGACAAAGCUGUCAGCGGCCUUCGCAGCCUCACCUCACUGCUUCACUUGCUGGGAGCUCAGAAAGCACCCAUCUUGCCUCCAGAUGCAGCCUCCCCUGCUCCACUCCGAACAUUCCCUGUGGAUACUCUGUGCAAACUCUUCCAAGUCUACUCCAAUUUCCUCCGGGGGAAACUGAAGCUGUACACAGGGAUGGCCUGCAGGAGAGGGGACAGGUGACCAGGUGCCUGCCCCGGGCUCAUUCACAGCCUGCUCACCAUCACCACCACCACUGCCACCGCCUGUGCCACACCUUCCCUCUGCCACUCCCAACCCUCCAGCAGCUGUCUCCUCAAUGCCAGCCUGUUACACGGACACUCCAGUGCAGCGAUGACAUCUUGGGGACCCGAGAAACUGUCCAGAGCUCAGCUCUGAGACCUAAGGAUGUCACAGGACCAGCCUGAGACCCCAAGCAGGAGAAAUACAGGGGAUAGCUUUAAACUCAGGCAGAGCUGCGCGGAGGAGACGCCUGACCUCACUUGGUGCUCUGCAGAGCUGUGAUAUCGGCACAGGCUCUGGAGGCCGACGCUUCUUUCUGCACCCUCCAAGCAGGGACA